CAGCCUCUAAAUAAAACUUCAAUCGAACAAAUAUUUUCAGAGCAGCAGGCUAUCCCCGUCAAAGUCUUUGGCUUCCUGAAGCUGAACUGCUGAAUGCGUAUUUUUUCAGUUUUUUAUUUUCUCUAGAAAAAUGGAUAGCAGAAGCAAUGGAGAACUCCCAGGCGAUCACCCAGACUUUCACCGCGACUCUCACACUGCGGCGCCGUCGGGGCACUCCUGCGAGUCAAUCACUCAAAGUAACGGCAGUACCGGAAGAAAAUUUCCCGGGGACGCCCACCACCACCACCGUCAGCGCUGCUACCAGCAGCCGCAUGAGCACCAGAACAGUUACUCUGACAAUCACCACCAUCAAAACCCAAAUGUCGAGCCAAAUAAUUCCGUUAAUGGCGCAGCCAGUCGCAACUUCAGCCAUUCUCCGCAUACAUCAGGGCGUAAAAGGCCUCUCCCCCACUCACAACCACCGCCUUUUUCUGAUGGAUUAGAAGGCGGGGGAUUUGUUAAGCUAUAUGUUGGAGGAGUUCCAAGAACAGCUACCGAAGAAGAUAAUGUUUCAUAAGCAUUAAUGUUGGCAGUUGCCCCAUUCAACUCCAGAUUCGACACAUCUUUGGUGAGUACGGGCAUAUUGUUGAGGUUAUUCUCCUCAAGGAUAAAAAGACUGAUCAUAAACAAGUGAGUUGUUUUGUGAAGUUUAGAACACUGGAUGAUGCUGAUCGAGCAAUCGUAGCAUUACAUGAUCGGCACACCAUCCCUGGGGCUCACUGUCCAUUACGAGUUAGGUACGCCGAGGGGGAGCGAGAACGGCUAGGCAGUUUUGGUGAACAUAUACACAAACUAUAUGUUGGUGGCAUGAACAGACAAACUUCCAAAAGGGAAAUUGAUGAAGUAUUUUCCCGGUAUGGGAUUAUUGAAUCAAUUUUCCUUGUACGUGACCGCGAUGAUCAAAAGCAAAGUCGGGGAUUUGCUUUUGUUCAGUUCUCUCGUAGAGACAUGGCAGUUGCUGCAAUCAGUGCACUACAUGGGACCUACACAAUGAGGGGUUGUGAUCACCCUUUGAUUGUUCGCUUUGCUGACCCCAGGAAGCCUAGAUUGGGAGACUCUAGAGCGGCAUCUUGUAUCAAUGAACCUUUUGGUGGACAUAUGCCACCAAAUUCAAUGAGCCCAAAGCAGUCUCCAAUUGUUGGAAACACGCAGCAAACAGUAAUGAAUUUUUAUGCUGUACCGGAGCAAGCUUUUCCUUCGACGACAUCUUCUGCUAACAAGUCACCUUCAGAUGCUGACUGUGAAUGGAGCGAACAUAUAUGUCCUGAUGGGUAUCCAUAUUACUACAACUGCAUGACGUGUGAGAGCCGGUGGGAGAAACCUGAGAACUAUGCACGCUAUGAGAAACAACUUGAGAUGCUUGAGGAUCAACAAAUUGCACAACCCACCACCGGGGAGGGGGUUGAAAUGGAUGUUCAAAGGCAGCCAUCUACCAAGGAACUAUGGAAACUUUCAUUAUCUACAGAAAAUGCUGCUAAUGUAAUGACUGGAAAAUCUUGUUCUAAUCGAGUCACUUUCAGUAGCACAUCACGCACUUAUCAGUCACAAUCAUCACAACUUUGAAAUUCAAUCAUGUGAUUGCAUUAGGUUCAGAUGCCAUUUACUUCAAGAUGCCAUUUUUGUGUACUAUGUAUUUUCAAAAACCUAAUUAUUGAACACAUACACAGAUGCAAGCAAGCCCAGCAGUUUCUCCAGCUUAUGUAUGAAUUUCAUACUGAUUUACUGGUCAACAUCACCUAAAGGGAUUUGGACUCUUAAGACUAGGAAGGACCAAGUGUUGCGAUUGCUGGUAAUUGAUUUAUGCAAAUAUGAACUAACCUUACCAGCAAUAGACAUCACUGUUAUUGCUUCUGGUGUCUUUCUUUAUAUCCUUGUGUAGUUGUGUAGGAGGAGAUAUCACUAGGAGUUUUUAGAGAGAUAUGUGUGUGUCAGUAUGUGUAUACAGUAUUAUGUAUCGAUAUAUUAUCUUCUUUUAUGUACUGCCCUAUUGAAGCUGUUUGAUGCUACUACGUUUAGUAUUUUAUUCCUUUCUGUUAUUGUCCAA